AUGGGUAUGAACAGGAACACCAGCAGCAGAUACAUCUUCCAGCAACUGAUACAUCUUCCAGUAGAAGAUACAUCUUCCAGCAGCAGAUACAUCUUCCAGCAGUUGUUACAUCUUCCAGCAGCCAGGGAUUUCAGAAGAGGUGAGGGCAAAGAACAAGAACCAGUGCCUAUGGUUCAUGAGCCCUCCUUGCUGAGGCCUCCGCUUCCUGGCGGCGCGGUAGCGGCGGGCGACCCGAUUGGUGGUCAGGUCUGCGCCCCGCCCCGCCGGGCGGGACUCCGCGCCCUCCCCAGCCGGGCCCUCCCCUUUCCGCGGGAGGCGUCCCCGACAGUGGCUUGGUGGCGCGCAGUUCCCCUUGACUGUGCGCGCCCGCGUCUGGGCUCCUUUGCAGAGGACUCGGUAGCUGCAGCUCCCGGAGCACAGCGGACAGAGCUGCGGGCUGCGUGCGCCCCUGCUGCCACCGGGCCUGCCGCGGUGGCUCCCGCGCCCCGCGGCGACUUCCGAACCCGCGCUUCUCUUUGUUCAAGUCCCCGAGCGGCGGCGGGGUCGGAGCCCGCGCCCUGGGCGACUGAGGCGGCCGCAGUCCGCGCCCCGGCGCCCUGGCGAUGCCGGACCAGAUCUGUGUCGGAAUUCGUGGCCGAGACCCUUGAGGACUACAAGGCACCCACUGCCUCUAGCUUCACCAUGGGCACGGCCCAGUGCCGGAACACCGCGGCGGCCACCGAGGAGGAUGCAGUGACUUAUGAUGAUGUGCAUGUGAACUUCACUGGGGAAGAGUGGAAUUUGCUGGAUCCUUCCCAGAAGAGUCUCUACAAAGAUGUGAUGCUGGAGACCUACUGGAACCUCACGGUUAUAGGCUACACUUGGGAAACCCAUCAUAUUGAAGGACAUUGUCAAAGUUCGAGAAGAAAUGAAAGGUUUAGUCUCCACUGCCAGCUGCCAUGGGCAAGCAGAACAGCAAGCUGGAUCCUGAGGUGCUGCAGGACCUGCGGAAACACAGGGAGUUCACCGACCAUGAGCUUAAGGAAUGGUAGAAGGGCUCCCUCAAUGAGUGUCCCAAUGGCCACUUGACUGUGGAAAAUUUCAAGAUCUAGGCCAACUUCUUCCCCUACAGAGACAGCUCCAAGUUCACUGAACAUGUCUUCCACAUGUUUGACACCAACAGUGACGGCACUAUCAACUUCUGAGUGUUCAUCAUUGCUCUGAGCCUGACCUCCCUGGACAAGCUGGAACAGAAGCUCAAGUGGGCCUUCAGCAUGUCUGACCUAGACAGCAAUGUCUACAUCAGCUGCAGUGAAAUGCUGGAGAUAGUGCAGGCCAUCUACAAGAUGGUGUCCUGUGUGAUGAAGAUCCCCGAGGACGAGUCCAUGCCCGAGAAGUGAACAGACAAGAUCUUCAGGCAGAUGGACACAAACAAUGAAGGUAUGAAACAUGGCAGGAGUGAGCAGGUGGGAUGGGAAGAGGGGAUUGGGAGAGGGGGUGGGGGUGGGGAGAGGGGUUGAGGGUUGGGAGAGGGGAGUAGGUGAGCCUGUGAAACUGUUGAUGGCACAGAGCUGUUUGGGAUACACUCUCUUCCCUAUGCAGGACUGCCCUUUUCCAGCCCAAUUGAUUCAGCUCUGAUUGAGGGAGGGAGACUAGAAUUCAGGGUCAGGUACACCUAGCCUGCAUCCUGCACCCUUCCUAGGGCUCUAUAAUCUUGGGCAUUGUCAGUAGACCCUCUGAGCUGUAGGCUUCAUCCGUGUUGUCUGAGUUAAGGUUUCCAUUGCUCUGGUGACACACCAUGGCCACAAGCAACUUGGGGAGGAAAGGGUUUAUUCACUCACAGUUUCCAUAUAACAGUUCAUCAUCAAAAGCAGUGAGGGUAGGACUCAAACAGGGCAGCAACCUGAAGGCAGGAGCUGAUACAGAGACCAUGAAAGGGUUGCUACUUACUGGCUUGCUCCCCAUGGCUUGCUCAGCCUGCUUUUUUAUAGAACUCAGGAUCACUAGCCCAGGGUUGUACCACCUACAAUGGGGUGGACUCUGCUCCAUCAAUCACUAGUUAAGAAAAUACUCCCUGGUCAGGCAUGGUAGCACAUGUCUUUAAUCAGAGCUCAUAGGAGACAGGAGGCUCUCUGUGAGUUCAAGGCUAACGUGGUCUAAAAGGUGAGUUCUAGGACAGCCAGGGCUGUUACACAGAGAAACCCUGUUUCAAUAAACAAAACAGGGUAAAGGAGGGAGAGAGGGAGGGAGGUACACACACACACACACACACACACACACACACACACACACAGAGAGAGAGAGAGAGAGAGAGAGAGAGAGAGAGAGAGAGAGAGAGAGAGAACGCCCUACAGGUUUUCCUUCAGACAUUUUAUACAGACAUUUUCGAAACUGAGGCUCCCUCUUUCCUGAUAACUAUAACUUGUAUCAAACUGACAUAAAAUUAGCUAGCACACAUGUUGACAGAAACAAUUGGUCUUACUAUUUCCUCAAGUAUAUAUUCGGAGGGGAGCAAGGUCAUACUAGUGGCUGAGGGGCGAGACACUGAAUCAAGGGGCUUUGAGUCUUAAGAUUCUGAAUGCCCGCCAGGCCAUCAUCCUGGGAUGUGAGGCUCCCCAGAUACUCAUGGAGCUCAUCAAACAUAGAAGCCACUGAGCCUCAUUGUACCUAGGACUCUGAGGUUCUACCACAGAUCAAAAAGGCAGGUCUCAGGAGGAGGUGAGGUGGUGAGAGAUCCUGCUGUGCCUUGGCUGAGUUUCUCACAGGACCUCAGCAAGGGUGAGGUAGCUGCAUGGUGAGUUAAUUCUGCCAGUCUGUGGCUUUGUAGAGCCAAGACUGGUUGGGACCAGGAAAUGCAGCAUUAAGGCAUGAAAGGCUCCCCAGAUUGCAUUUAGAUUGAAUGUAAGCUAAUGCAUAGGAAAGAGCAGUGAACAGCCUCCAGUGCUCUGUGCAGAUGAACUGAGGACAGGGUUCAGCGGGACUCAAGGCUCCCAUGGAACUGUAGACAGCAAAAGCUUUCCAGACAUCAAGGAAAUGCUUUUCAAAACAUGUCCGCACACAAAGCAAUGCAGCCUCUUGCCUGGUGCUGCCUUUCAGCCAUUUUCUAAAGUGUUCUCUACUCUCUUGUGUACUCUGACACGGAGGCUUGUGUUCCAACAGACCAUACUGAGGCUUGCCCACUUCCCAGGCUUGCCUUUCUUCUCUGUGAAAUGGGGAUAAGCCCAUUGGCGUGGGUGUGAGGCUAAAGUAGCACUAUGUUGAUGGCACACUUAACAUGGAGGGCCAUUGUUUCUGAUUGUCAAAGCCAGGACCUUCACCAGUUUCAGAGUGGAGACCGCGUACGCACUGUGCACUUGUCCAAUUGUUUGUGUCUCAAGAUGGAGGCCAUUGAGCGCAUACUCUGCCCUGUAAGCCAGGGGCCACUUGCUAGCACUCAAGAGAUGAGAAGUCUGGGCUGUCAGAGAAACUGGUACAGAAUAGGACAAGAAUAGGACAGCAAAGGAGGAUAGCUCUCAACACCCGAAGCUGGCAAGAGUCUACACGAGGGGGCGAUGUGAUAGUUUUAACUGUCAACAUGACUCAGUUUAGAAUCACCUCAGAAGUCUUUUUUUUUUAAUUCUUAUUUUUAUACUAUUUUAGAUUUAGUAUUUAUUUUCUACAUGAGCGUUUAGCUGAAUGUAUGUUUGUGUAAUAUGUUAGAGGCCAGAAAAGUGCACUGGGUCGCCCUGGAACUGGAGUUACAAAUGAUUGGGAACCGCCCUAUGGAUGCUGGGAACUUUAUCCAGGACCCUCUGCAAAAGCAGCAACUGCUCUUAACUGCUGAGCCAUCUCACCAGCCAUAAAGGAGAGUCUUUUUUUUGCUUGUUGGUUUGUUUUUUAGAGACAAGGUUUCUCUGUGUAGCCCUGGCUGUCCUAGAACUUGCUGUUUAGACCAUGUUGGCUUCAAACUCAGAGAUCCACCAGUCUGCCUCCUGAGUACUGGGAUUAAAGAUGUGUGCCACCACUGCUCAGCUCAGAAGAAUCUUACUGAAGAAUUAUCUAGAUCAGUGGUUCUCAACCUAUGGGUUCCAACCCCUUUGAGGGAUCAAAUGAACUUUUCCCAGAGGUGGCAUAAGCCCAACAGAAAACACAAAUUUUCAUAUUCAGAUUCAUAACAAUAGUGUAAUUACGGUUAUGAAGUAGCAGUGAAAAUAAUCUUAUGGUUGAGGGUCACUACAACACAAGGAACUGCAUUAAAGGGUCACAGCAUUAGGAAGGCUGAGAACCACUCAUCUAGAUCAUGGCAGUCUAUGAGCAUGCCUGUUGGGGGUUGUGUUGAUGGUUAAUUGAUGUGGGAAAUCCCAUUACUAUUGUCUAGACAGGGGGCCUGAACAGUAUAAUAAAGGGAAAAGAAGAGUAUCAGAAAAAAAGUGCAGAGUAUCAUUAUGAGCCAGGUGCUCAUACCUCUAUUCUCUCUGCCCUGUGAGGUUUUAAAGCCUUGACUUCCUGAAGUGAUGAAUUGUAAACCAAAGAAAACUUCCUCCCUUAAGUUGCUUUUAGUCAGGGGAUUUUUAUCACAGUAACAGAAGUGUAAUUUGACCUGCAGUCAUAAUUUGUCCUGUCUCCCCAGCUGCCCCAGAUCGUGGUGGCUCUCCAGGCCUCUAGGUGGGGCUAUCAGCUUACUUCAGGCCACAGAGUUCAUUACCAAACCUAACCUCAUGGCUAUUGCUCAAUCCCCAUGACCUACACCUUGAAAGGACAACCAGCUCUUACAAGUUGUCCUCUGACCACUUGUGUGCUUCAAAAUGGCAUAUGUCCCAAAAUGUCCCUGGAAGAAUUCAACAAAGGUGCCAAGAGCGACCCAUCCAUUGUCCGGUUGCUGCAGUGUGACCCCAGCAGUGCUAGCCAGUUCUCAGGGGAAUGGGCUUUUGCAAAGUUGCGAGAAACACAGGCUUGACCUGCCAUCUUCAGCUUUGCUUGCAAAAGUGGAUUUCUCCGUGAUUUCUCCUGCUCUCUUGGGACCUGGGUCCAGGCAGCACAUCACACUCACCUGAUCUGGGUGGAUGCAGCUCCCUCCUCUAUCUGAUCCAAUAGAUGUCCCUCCCCAUCCAGUCCAGGCUGGUUCCUUCCAAGGUUUCAAGUGUUCUCGGCUGUAGGGCUCCUUCCCUGCCCACAGAGGGCCUGAAGGCCCUUAAGGACACCAGACAGGACUUUUCAGUAUCUUACCUAGACCAGCUGAUUUAUUUGAUGAUCCCAGCUGACUUUGUGAGGAUGAAGAAGAUGGAGAGCAGACAGGCAAGCCCUUCCUGUGCAUGGCUCCACCUCCCUUGUUCAUUUUCUCUGACCAAAGCUGCUUGCAUGUAUAUACCGUGGUAUCUUUACUUUUAAUAUAUAAGUUUUUUAUAAAGUGAGAAGUUUCAGCCCCUGUAUUUAAAGCCUCUGACUGCCGUUAAAGCAUGGUCCCCUGUGGCCUGUGAUUCCCCCUACCCCCAAGUCUGACUGUUGUGUGGUAUUUAUGUAUUCAUUUGCCUAAUUACACAGGAGAUACAUGCACGCCCAAGGCUGUGGACAUCUGCCCUCCGUCCUGCAAACACAGGUGUUCCUGUGUGCUCCGUCCUUCCUUUCUAUUGGUCUGGCAUAUUAAAAUAAUCUAAUAAACCAAUGUCUGUGAGUU